GAAAUAAUUUCAUCUAAAAGCGCUCCGAUUUGAAAGAUAAUUCUAUUUUCGUUUUUGGCCGAAUUUCAAUGGCGGCAACAUCACCACCACCAACGGCGAACUUUCGUCAUCCACUCCGACUGCUCUCCGCUUCUCACAACUCUCCAUUUUCCGGCAAACUCACUUUUCCUUACUAUAUUUCUCAAGGCUUUGAGUUGUAUAAACAUUGUAAGAUAAGUACUACUCGUGGUUCAAUCAGAGCCACCAAUGGAGGCGUGAGUGCUUAUGGGUCUCCUUGGGAUGAGAAACCGUAUGAAACUCUUCCAAGCGGGAAAAGGGUAUACUUAGAUGAGCAAGACAUUGUUACUUUUCUUGAUCCUCCCAAGGAGUUAAUUCCCUUGGACCCCGCUUCAUAUAACCCAGCUGUCUAUAUAUGGAAAAAAAUUGAAGACAUUCCUGAAGAAAGGCGCCAUCGAUUGCUGCACUUGCUAGCCCCUCUUCAUAUUUCAAGAGCUUGGCAGAUAGCUGGCACCCGAUAUGAGGAUCCCAAGCUAGCUAAGAAAAGUGAGUUUAACUUGUUCUCUGGUGAUGAAGGUGGAAUGUCACUUGAAUUUUACCAUUGCCGAACAACUGGAGGACCAAUGCCCAUUGCUUGGAUAAAUUCCUUUAAGAAGGCAAUAUUUUCAUGUAAAGAUGGGAAUAUCUAUGGAAGAUUUAUUGGUGGAUCAGUUUUGGAACAACUUGCAAGUAACUGGAGUCCAUUGUAUUUCGUAUUGAGGAAUUAUAAGGAAGUAAUGUCCACUGAGCAACCUUGUGAUUUUGCUUACGAAUUUGGGGAUGGGCAAUUUGAUAUCCAUGAGUACCCACAAGGCUUUCCUAGACCAGCCAAACAUCCCUAUCCUUUCAACGAUCAAGUUGUUGUAUACGUUCGUCAUCUGGGACCAGGAGUGUCUAUUGGGCAAGCAUGGCAAGAAGGAAAAGCACUAGAACAAGUGCCUCGAAAGUUAUGCAGUGAGAUCUUGAUGGUUAAAGAUUAUUCUGCUGCAUGGAGGAAAUGAACUGUGCCUUGUAUUCAGAUUCGAGAAAGAGUGAAACAUCUAUGUCCUUUCUUUGAUCAAAUUGUUGCAUAGGUUCAUCAUCUUGGACAAGGGAUGUCAAUACAGGUAGCAUGGUAAGAAGGAUUCCACUUCAAGAACAGGUGCAUCCAAAAUUAUGUGGCAAGCUUUGAUAGUCAAAGAGAAUUAUGCUGCUUCUUUGAGGUAAUAUCUGAUAUAUCAUAAUUAGAUUUGUUGCCAAAGAUGUAAAUAAAUUCCACCCUGUCUUGUGCAAAAGCUACUUGCCUGAAUGUUGAGACAUACUAAGUAAGCGUUUCUUGUUAAAUAGAAGAAACAAAAAAAAUUCAUUAGAUAAUAAAAAAAAGUUGAAAUUCAUUUUAUUAUA